ACAUGUUGGUGUUUGCAGAGUUCAGUCCAACAGACGGAGAGCAGAGUCUGCAGCAUCCAGCUGUCUGUCUAUGAAGAGUGACUGGUCCAAUGAUCCUCCUCUAAACUUCAGUAAUGAACCUGGACCCUCAGACUCAAAAAAGAGGAAGAGGAGUUGCUGUGUUUUGUGUCGGGACGUCCUGAAGGAUCCGGUCUCUACCAGCUCUGGACUCUGGUUCUGCAGACAGUGCAUCACCUCAUACUGGUACCAGUCUGCUUCAUCAGGAGACGCCUCCUGUCCCCAGUCUGGAGAAGGACCCAGAACAAGACAGACAGAUGGUGGUCUGCAGGAGGUUUUAGAUGAACAUAAGAUCGGUCUGAGGAGGAGAUGUGAACGUGUGACUGAAGGAACUGAUGAACCAGGAAGUGGAACCCUCCUCAACAGGAUCUACACUGAGCUCUACAUCACAGAGGGACAGAGUGAAGAGGUUAAUACCCAACAUGAGGUGAGACAGCUUGAGACAGCUUCCAAGAAGAAGACCUUCCAUGACGCUCCAAUCAGGUGCCACGACAUCUUUAAAGCCUUACCUGACCAACAGAGACACAUCAGAGUGGUUCUGACGAACGGCGUCGCUGGCGUUGGAAAAACCUUCUCAGUGCAGAAGUUCACUCUGGACUGGGCAGAGGGCUCGAACAACCAAGAUGUCAGUCUGGUGGUUCUGCUUUCGUUCAGAGAGCUGAACCUGAUCAAAGAUGAUCAGUACAGUCUUCUCAGGCUGCUCCAUGUUUUCCAUCCAACAUUACAGAAGGUCACAGCAGAGCAGCUCGCUGUCUGUAAACUUUUGUUCAUCUUUGACGGCCUGGAUGAAAGCAGACUUUCACUGGAUUUCCACAACAAUGAGGUUGUGUCUGACGUCACACAGAAGUCUUCAGUCAACGUGCUGUUGACAAACCUCAUCAGGGGGAAUCUGCUUCCCUUGGCUCUCGUCUGGAUCACUUCCAGACCUGCAGCAGCCAAUCAGAUCCCUCCUGAAUGUGUUGACAGGGUAACAGAAGUACGAGGCUUCACUGACGCCCAGAAGGAGGAGUACUUCAGGAGAAGAGUUAGUGAUGAAGAUCUGUCCAACAGGAUCAUCUCACACAUCAAGACCUCCAGGAGCCUCCACAUCAUGUGUCUAAUCCCAGUCUUCUGCUGGAUCACUGCUACAGUUCUGGUCCACAUGUUGACUACAGACCAGAGAGGAGAGCUGCCCAAGACCCUGACUGACAUGUACUCACACUUCCUGCUGGUUCAGACAAAGAGGAAGAAGCAGAAGUAUGAUGAGGGACAUGAGACGAGUCCACAGGAGCUGAUGGAGGCUGACAGGAAGGUUCUUCUGAAGCUGGGGAGGCUGGCGUUUGAACAGCUGGAGAAAGGAAACAUCAUGUUCUACCAAGAAGACCUGGAGCAGUGUGGUCUUGAUGUCACAGAGGCCUCGGUGUACUCAGGAGUUUGUACAGAGAUCUUCAAAAGAGAGAGUGUGAUCUUCCAGAAAACAGUCUACUGCUUCGUUCAUCUGAGCAUUCAGGAGUUUCUGGCUGCAGUCUACAUGUUCCACUGCCACACCAACAGCAACACAGAGGUACUGAAGGGUUUUCUGGGGGGGAAAUAUGAUAAUCCAACUUUGGACGUCUUCCUGGAGGAUGCAAUGAUGAAAUCCCUGAAUAGUGAAAAUGGCCACCUGGACCUGUUUGUUCGCUUCCUUCAUGGCCUCUCUCUGGAGUCCAACCAGAGACUCUUAGGAGGCCUGCUGGGUCAGACAGACAACAGUCCAGAAACCAUCCAGAGAGUCAUCAACAACCUGAAGAAGAUGAACAGUUAUAAUAUCUCUCCUGACAGAAGCAUCAACAUCUUCCACUGUCUGACGGAGAUGAACGACCACUCAGUCCAUCAGGAGAUCCAAGAGUUCCUGAAGUCAGAGAACAGAUCAGAGAUGAAACUGUCUGAGAUCCACUGCUCAGCUCUGGCCUACAUGCUGCAGAUGUCAGAGGAGGUUCUGGAUGAGUUGAACCUGAAGAAGUACAACACAUCAGAUGAAGGACGACGGAGACUGAUUCCAGCUGUGAGGAACUGCAGAAAGGCUGUACUUUCUAACUGUAGACUCUCAGAGACUCACUGUGAAGUCGUGGCCUCAGCUCUGAAGUCCAACCCCUCCCAUCUGAGAGAGCUGGACCUGAGUGACAACGACAACCUGAAGGAUUCAGGAGUGAAGCUGCUGUCUGCUGGACUGGAGAGUCCACACUGUAGACUGGAGACUCUGAGAUUGAGGUGCUGCAGGUUGUCAGAGAUCAGCUGUUCUUCUCUGGUCUCAGCUCUGAAGUCCAACCCCUCCCAUCUGAGAGAGCUGGACCUGAGUAACAACAUCUACCUGAAGGAUUCAGGAGUGAAGCUGCUGUGUGGUUUUCUGGAGAGUCCACACUGUAGACUGGAGACUCUGAGAUUGAGGGGCUGCUGGUUGUCAGAGAUCAGCUGUGAUUAUCUGGUCUCAGCUCUGAAGUCCAACCCCUCCCAUCUGAGAGAGCUGGACCUGAGUAACAACGACCUGGAGGAUUCAGGAGUGAAGCUGCUGUGUGGUUUUCUGGAGAGUCCACACUGUAGACUGGAGACUCUGAGAUUGAGGCGCUGCAGGUUGUCAGAGAUCAGCUGUUCUUCUCUGGUCUCAGCUCUGAAGUCCAACCCCUCCCAUCUGAGAGAGCUGGACCUGAGUGACAACAACAACCUGCAGGAUUCAGGAGUGAAGCUGCUGUGUGGUUUUCUGGAGAGUCCACACUGUAGACUGGAGACUCUGAGGUCAGUUCACUGACUCUCUGUUACUGUUGUAGAUCUGAUAUCUUUCAUUAUCAUCAUCAUUCACUUUUCUCAGGAUAUAAUUUUUUGUCUAGUAAUUUGAAUGUUGCAUUCGAAAGGGGACGCAAAGAAAUUACACAUUGCUGGGUGUUAGAUUUGUUAGAGUCACUUAUUUUCUUUAAAAAGUAUUUUAAAAUGUCAGUGACGUCAUACACAUCGUACGUCCAGAGAUACCGCUUUACGGCGAGCCUCGAGUCUCUUUGUGCUUCCUUUUCUCUCGAGGCAUCGACGACACAGACGUAACGAUCGGCAGAUAAAAGUACCAGCAACACAAAAAAAGUUUCUGUGUUAAAAAAAAGAAAUUGUGCGAAAAAAUCCGCCUUAACAUUGUGGUCCCGCUUCGGAUGCCACGAUGCCAUCAAGCAGGAUCUCUGGUCGUAAUCAGUCCUUCACUGACCAAUCAGAGUUCAUUAGCAGAAUGCUAGCGCGUUAUGGGCAACAACAACUCGUCCUGUAAGAAAUCUAAAGGACAUCAGAACUCGUUCAUUCAACUUUCGACCUAUAACCCAUGUUGAACUUUAAAAACUACAAUCACAUCUGAGAUUUCUCAACCACAAUCAGGUGACAGAGACAAAAGUAGCCGUCUAGCUCCAUCUGCUCCCAUUCAUUCUGCACUGAUGGGCGAUCGCCCCCAGUGGACCUCUGCUGGAACUGCAACCAGUAUUCGGUACAAUGGGACUUAAUAGAGAGAGGCCAGGCUCUCCGUAGACGGGCUCUGCUUAUACCAUGGUCUGUGUGAAUCCUGCAUUCUGAUUGGCUGCUGGGUGUCCAUUACUUCCUGAUGUAGGACAGCUACUGAGACGUGAAACUGUCUGUUCUCCGUUCUAAAUGAACAGAGGUGUCAAGUAACAAAGUACAAAAACUUUGUUACCUUAAGUAGAAUUUUUGGGUAUCUAUACUUUUCUGGAGUAAUUAUUUUUCUGCCGACUUUUUACUUUCUACUCCUUACAUUUUCCAAACAGCCUCGUUACUCGUAUUUCAUUUCGGUUGUUUUCAUCGUUUAUAAACAUAGAGUGAAUUUGAUUGUGAUUGGAUGAGAAGUAUCAACAUACACCGACACACUAUUGGUCUGUACGCGAUCUAUGUGGGAAAGAAACAGGAUUUGGGGGUAAUAAAACAGAUGUGCCCCUGGUCAAAGGGUUGAGUUUUAUGAUAGGAAGAGCCAGGGGGAAGGCACAGAUGGAAGGACCAUUUGGUGAGAGAGACCUGGAUUUACAGGAGUAACAUUUGCAAGACAAACAGGGGGUUUCAUUGUUUGUGAUGUAAUGAGAUGCACUGAAAUGUAUAUAAGGGAGAGCAUUUUGGAAGUCGGGAGAGAACAUUCACGACGUGACCUUCUCUCCAUGCUGCAUGAAUUAAAGUGACUUGAUUAUCACACCGGCUUUAAGUUCUUCAGAGACUUAGCACCUCUCAACUUUGAGAAGAAUUCCCACUACAUCUAUCACCCCUGCACGUUACAAAUCACGUCACACGCAAGCAAGCUUGGAAGCAGUGGUUCUAUGGAGUUGUAGUUCAAGGUUUGAAGUGCGUAUUGAAGCUGCAGUGUCGCGCUGCCGUCACUACUUCUUCGUCCACCAGCCCUGCCGGACAUGCUCCAUUUCGAAAAUGUCCGAACCAAGCACCAGCGAGGAGGUUGCUAGCCAGGAAGACCAGCCAACUCUUGUACAUCCCUGGCCAUACCUGGACGAAUUCUUCGAAAUGGUUGGAUCCAAAAACAACUCAUUUCGAAUGUGCUGCAAGCUCUGCGCUCCCAAGUACCAUGAGCUAAUGGCUUUCAAAAACUCGCUGUCUAAUUUGAAAAAGCAUAUUGAGGUAAGCUGAAAGUUUGUUAUUAUCAGUCGAUUAUUGAUCAAAUAUUGUAGUAACUUAGUUACGUCUUAAUGGUCAAUUUCAAUGUUUGCUAAGGCUAGGUAGGUACAUGCCAAGACAUGGUUUGCUUGCUAGCAGCAAUAGGCUAUGAUUCAACGUUGCAAGUUCGUUUGGUGGGCUCUGUGUGAGAUUUGAAAUUCGACUUUAACCAAAUGUUGUCUGAGCUUAUAUUAUUAUUAUAAACAGGAUUUGGGGGUAAUAAAACAGAUGUGCCCCUGGUCAAAGGGUUGAGUUUUAUGAUAGGAAGAGCCAGGGGGAAGGCACAGAUGGAAGGACCAUUUGGUGAGAGAGACCUGGAUUUACAGGAGUAACAUUUGCAAGACAAACAGGGGGUUUCAUUGUUUGUGAUGUAAUGAGAUGCACUGAAAUGUAUAUAAGGGAGAGCAUUUUGGAAGUCGGGAGAGAACAUUCACGACGUGACCUUCUCUCCAUGCUGCAUGAAUUAAAGUGACUUGAUUAUCACACCGGCUUUAAGUUCUUCAGAGACUUAGCACCUCUCAACUUUGGGAAGAAUUCCCACUACAUCUAUCACCCCUGCACGUUACAAAUCACGUCACACGCAAGCAAGCUUGGAAGCAGUGGUUCUAUGGAGUUGUAGUUCAAGGUUUGAAGUGCGUAUUGAAGCUGCAGUGUCGCGCUGCCGUCACUACUUCUUCGUCCACCAGCCCUGCCGGACAUGCUCCAUUUCGAAAAUGUCCGAACCAAGCACCAGCGAGGAGGUUGCUAGCCAGGAAGACCAGCCAACUCUUGUACAUCCCUGGCCAUACCUGGACGAAUUCUUCGAAAUGGUUGGAUCCAAAAACAACUCAUUUCGAAUGUGCUGCAAGCUCUGCGCUCCCAAGUACCAUGAGCUAAUGGCUUUCAAAACUCGCUGUCUAAUUUGAAAAAGUAUAUUGAGAAGAAACACCCCAAUUGUCUAGAGAGGUACACACAACUUACUUCAGCAGUCCUCAAAAGGAAGUCAUCCACUGAAGGUUCAUUGGCCCCACCUUCCAAACAAACCAAGCUGUGGGAGACUCGAAAAGUGUCCCAGGCCAGUGUGGAUAAAGCAGUCCUCAAUUUCGUUGUCCAAGGCUUGCACCCACCACACAUUGUUCAGCAACAGGGCUUCAUUGAUCUUGUGAAACAUCUUCAUCCAAAUACAAAUGUAAUGACACGCAAUACUGUUGGAAACAAAGUCACAAAGGCUUCAGUCGAAAUGAAAAGAAAACUGAAAGCAGCCCUUAGUGAUGUUCAGUUCAUAGCAACAACAACAGACUGCUGGACGGCACACCGUCGCAGUUUCAUUGGUGUCACUGCGCACUGGUUUAACCCCCAGUCAAAGCAGAGAUCCUGUGCCGCCUUGGCAUGCAAGCAACUUAGAGGGUCACACACUUUUUCUGCCCUGGCUGGUGCCCUAAAUGAUAUUCACACAGAAUUCAAUAUCAGAGAGAAGAUCGUUCGCACUACAACUGACAACGGAUCAAACUUCCUGCAAGCCUUCAGAGUUUAUGGGCAGACUGACGAGAACAACAAUCCUGAACCUGCAGGAGAGGGUGAUGGAGAAAAGGAUGAUGGUGGCCAAAAUGAGGAUGACAAUGAAGAAGAGGAAAGAUGGGAGGUUACAGUAAUCAUUAUACUAUUACUCUGAUUACUUUGGUACAGUUACUGGCUGUUUCUUCACUAGAAACAACUGCUUGACUAAUGUUGUUAAUAUUAUGUAAUAUAUAAUAUGUUUAACUUCACUGGGCUGUGUAGACUGUAGGUCACUGCUCACUGCUGUACCUGGAAAGACAUAAAACACAGUGUUGGUUCUCAUAGUUAAGGUAUAAACACUAACAUUAUGUGAUAGAUAGAGGUUAAUAUUUAUAUAUAUAUAUAUAUUUUAUAAACUCAGUAACAGUGAGGAGCUACCUGCCGGCAACGAAGGGGAGGGGCUGGAGCGUCAUCCGCGUGAGCCGCGUCAUAAUGCCGACCAAUCAGAGCAGACUGGGCUUUUCGGGAGGGGGGUCUUAAAGAGACAGGAGCUGAAACCGAUCGAUUCAGACAGAGGCUGAAAAGAGGAGCUCAGCUGUAGGCAGUAUGAGAAAAAUAAUGUGUUUGUUGAACAUUAAAACAUCUAAACCUAUUGUAGGAGAGCCACUAAAUACAAUUAUGAAGCUGAAAAGGGCAUAAUAUGACUCCUUUAACGGAUGUACAUCCUAACACACACACACACACACACUCACACACACACACACACACACACACACACACUCUCACAAAGUGGGAUGGAGGGAAUGAUGUUUGAUUUUUUUGAUUAAUCACCUGCAGCUAAGCUUGGAUGUUCAUUUACAUUGAAAUAAAGAGUAUUGAAAACA